CACAACACAGACAGUGGAGCGGAGUUCCGUUUCAAGAUGGCGAACGUAACAGAGGUGUAUGGGAAUGACAGUUUCAUUUCAAAUGUGACAGAAUCGACUCCACCUCAGUCCAAUUCACCUUGGGACGAUGCUACAUGGAUUCUCACCAGUGCUUUUAUCAUAUUUACUAUGCAGUCUGGUUUUGGGUUGUUGGAGAGCGGAAUGGCGAGCAGGAAGAACGAAGUUAACAUCAUGUUGAAGAAUGUUGUGGACGUUGUGUUUGGUGGGAUCACCUACUGGUCCAUCGGGUACGGCUUGACGUUUGGUGAUGAUGCAGGGGCAAACGGUUUCACUGGUGUUGGUUACUUCUUUCUCAAUCCAGACGGAGAACAUAUUGGUACCAUAUACUCCAAAUUUGUGUUUCAAGCCUCCUUUGCGACAACAGCAACAACCAUCGUAUCAGGUGCGAUGGCUGAACGGACCAAACUUAUGGCGUACAUCGUGUUCUCUCUCUUCAACACGUUCGUGUACUCUUUUCCUGCACACUGGGUGUGGGCUGAUGAGGGCUGGUUGAAGAAGCUCUACGUGGUCGAUGUUGCUGGAGUAGGACCGGUCCACCUUGUUGGGGGAGUUACCGCCCUCAUUGCAGCGGUUAUGUUGAAACCCAGAAGAGGUCGAUUUGUGAAGGAAAGUAGAAUCUACCAGCACAUACCAUCUUCCAACCCUGUAAAUACUCUCUUGGGACUUUUCAUGCUUUGGUGGGGCUGGCUAGGUUUCAACUGUGGAAGCACAUUUGGAAUAAGCGGAGGCAAAUGGAAACUUGCUACAAGAGCGGCAGCAACAACAAUUCUCUCCUCGUGUGGCGGUGGAAUAACAGCCUUUAUAAUCAGCUAUGUGUUCCACAAGAGAAAAUACAUCAUUCCCCUAAUUGUAAAUGGAAUUCUUGGCUCUCUCGUAUCCGUCAGCGCAAUCUGCGCAGUGACAACGACAUGGGCAGCCGUAAUAAUAGGGUCUGUUGGCGCUAUUAUCGCCGCCUUGAGUGACUUCCUGUUGUUCAAGCUGAAGAUUGAUGAUCCAGUCGGAGCCAGCUCUGUCCACCUCUUUUGUUCUAUUUGGGGUCUUCUUUGUUGUGGUAUCUUUGCCCAGAAAGAUCAGAUUCAAGGGGAGUUCAAUUUCAACCAUGGCCUACUUUGGGGUGGAGGAUGGUACCUUCUCGGAGUGCAGACUCUGUCUGUCGUAACGAUCAUCUUGUGGUCAGCAGUGAUGUCCGUCAUCAUCCUCAAGGCCAUCGAUCUGACUAUCGGUCUCAGAGUCUCAACAGAGGAAGAGAUUGUUGGUGCCGACUUCUUUGAGCACAACAUCAUGCCCCCUGAUGGGGUAAUGCCAAUUCUUGCAAAGCACUUCAAGACCAAGCGGUCUUCGAACAAGAAUAAGGACGAGAGCAAUGACGAACAAGUCGUUGCUGAUGAGAAAUUAUGCUUCUGUUUCAUUAAGAAAAAGACCAUUGUAGCAAUACGACGAAAGAGAGGCACUCGUGAUAAGGAUGAGGACGAGACGAAAGAUGAUGACAUUCAUACGGAGAAGAAAGCGUUGGAUAUCUUAAGGAAACACGUAAAGAAGGGAGGGAAAGAAGAAGAAGAAGAAGAUGUUAUCAGUGAAAUCACACAAAGUGACACUGCAGCUGGUAUGCAAUUUACCAACUUUGGUUUUAUCAAAGAUGAGGAGGAGAAGAAAUGUGAUGAAACGGACCCAGUUGACGAUAUAAAAGGUGAUUGACAAGGUUUUUUUGGGUGUUUUUACUUUUAACCAAGUGUGCAUAUCACCAUAUGGGGCAAUAUUGUCGGUUGGUGCCCGUUAGUUAUAACUUUGUGCUGCCUUUCGUAACACGCCUUAGAUGCAACAAUAAUGCCAAGUGAGUCAGUGCGUUUGGUUUAAUGCUUCUUUGAAUAGGAUUUCAGUUAUAUCACGUGUGUGUGUGUGUGGCUUCUGUCGGAGCAAAGCCCGAAGGGAUACACGUCGAAGGACAUCUACACGUUUUCGCAAACCGCAAAUCAAGUAAACGACAACCCUCUCUUCUGCAACUGUCGAGGAACACUUACUGCACCUCAUGCCUUAACUUCAACAGUGUUUGUUCUGAUUGUGUGCAGUAUUUCUGAUUAUAAUUUUUCAAUUUGACGUUUACACGAGAUACGGCUUUUCCAUUGGACGAGAGGUUGGUCACAGGACCGCGAAAUUGAUGUUCAUAAGUGUAUGAACGACACAAUUUGACGUUCAAACGUUUUUCACGAGAGCGUGCUCUUGAAAUGACGACGAAUAGCACGAAUACGUACAGAAGAGUUCAUUCUGAUCAUUUUUACUAUACAUUGAGAAACGUCAAGGUUUGACUGCACGAUCGUUCACGAAUAUCCUCGCAACGACCCAUCCUAGUGAACAAAACGAAGAAAUACACAAUCCAAACUAUGUUAGUAUCGCCUCGAUCCGUCUCUAGGCUGGCAGUGACUGUCUACAGCUAUCUAUGACUUUACCUUAGCGUCUGUUUGACUCAUCAUUAAUCACUUUUAAAUGAUCGGUCAAUUGAUCAAUGUUGACUAAAACAUGUAACCGCCAUGGGUUCAUUAGCAACUUCCGAAAUCUCUCCCGUCACGUUUAUCGUGUCGGCCAUUUUGACGUCUUGUACUUAAUGUAAAUGUAUUAAGACGCGCUCAGUCAUUGUGAUUGAUAUACUGAAGUAGUUCUUAACAGACCUUUCUCAUCUGAUGGUGAUAUCAUUUGAAUACAUGUGUUGCGUAAGACGUUUCUGAAGAGCAAGUUGUGCCUCCAUACGCUCAUUUCACCACUAUUAUGAGGAACUAUUUUAUCCCGCGAUAUAGCUGGUUGUUGUAUGGCUGUCAGUGUAAACAUAAAGUCACACGUACUAAAUAAAAUUGUGUAUAGAUCUUGGCCUACAUCCUUUGAGGUAAGACAUUGUGAUAGCAAGCUCCGACGUUCAUACAGUUUAUUCCUCACUCUAUGAAGGUUCAUAUUCCAAUGAACUCACACAAAGUGAUCAUGAAAGUCAAUUAUUAAGUAUAAUGUCACGGGGUUAUUGUGGUUUGUACGGUAACUGAAUUAUUUGCUGCUGACUAUACAUGGAAUAUUUAUUAACUGAGGCCGUGAUAAUGCUUCCCUUUUUGCUCCGUGGAUCACCGCCGCUUCUCAUCCCAUGGCAUUCAUAAAUCAUUUAUAGCUGGACGUACAUUAUUAAGACUACGUGGUUUUCAUUCUGGAGAUUAUAAUAGAUAUUUACCUUUACUGGCAAACCCUUUGGUGCAAUGAUCGGUUACAACAGCUUUAUCAUACCACUCUAAGCUCCGUAAUAUUAAACCUCUAGAUUCAUGAUUAUUUAUUGUACAUAUUUCAUAUUUCGGAAUUUUGUGUUUUAAAGUGUUAUUAAGUUUUAUGUUCACAGGUUAAUACAUCAAUGAGCUAUUUUUGUCAUUUGUUUUGUGAAAGAUGUUUACAAUGUCGGCGAAUUAAUUCUUUGAUUCUAAGAAUCGCUUCACAGUCUCAGUUUCAAUGUAAACUAUUUGCAUGAUAUGCAUAGCAUACCUUUAUGUAAUUGUUAUCGACGAAAUAAAACUUUCCGUCA